CUCUAUUAAAACACAACAAAUCCCAAACGCGCAUGAUAUUGGCGUUAAGUCAUUACUGUAACGCAGCUGUAAAUGUCAAAGUUUGAAGCAUACUAGCACACAUACUCGCAAUGAAACGAACAGGAGCUGUCAUGUUCAUGUUUUUGUUACUUUCCUUUGGACCUUUGUUUGCAAUUUGUUCAAGUCCAGGAUAUAUUUUGAAGGAGGCAAAUUAUAUACCUCGGAAUUAUCAAGAAUAUCUAGAGAUGAACAAACACAUACAGUGCAAGAGCAGUGCUCAAAAAAUUGUCUACCUUUUGGAUAGCAUCAAAGAAAAGACUCUUAUUGGAUGCUUCCAUGAGGAUUUUAUUUAUGGAAAAUACUGUCCAGAAUAUAACUCUGGUAUAGCUCAACCAAAGUAUAAAGCUUCAUGUGCCAAUUUUAACAUCACUCCAUGUCCUUUACUGUACAAUUUGUCAGAAAGUUAUUUAUACUUUGAGUGUUAUGAAAAAUUUGGGGCAAUAUCACCACCUAAGACCAGGCACCAGGAAAUCAAUGAAAGGAAAAAAAGAGAAAAAAAAUUCAUGGGAGAUAUUUAUAAACAGGACUUGGUUUUAGCUAUAUCAAUUCUCAUAAAUGUUGUAUUCAUAUUAGUAAUUGUUCAUUGUUUGUUAAUUUUAUUCUUUAUCAGAAAGUAUAUUUAUAAGGAAAGUAUCACAUACAAGGACUUCUUUCAAAGCCAAAAGAAUCUAUUUGGCAAAUUACUGUUUUGUACAUCUACUGUAUCAGAUAAUUGCGAGCAUGACACAGGAUCAAAUGCAGAGGGAGCUUGUGGUGUUGCCGUAAGAACUGUUUCCACAGUAUUAAAUCAAAGUACGAUUCUUUCAGUGUCUCAGGAAUCCGUCACGUUCCCCUUACUUAUGACAGGUAACACUUCUGCUACAGAAGAAUGCCACGUUGAUGCUGCCGUUAUUGUGCCUCCGGUAUCUAAUACUGGUCCUCUAAUGUCUGGUCCUCCAGUGUCUCGGGAAUUCGACACGUCAACCUUACCUACCACAAGUAUUGUAAUGCAUACAAACCAGAAUGAAGAUCCUUCUGUUACAGAAGAACGCUUAAUAGUUGAUGCUGCCAUUACUGUGCCUCCAGUAUCUAAUACUGGUCCUCUAAUGUCUGGUCCUCCAGUGUCUCAGGAAUUCGACACGUCAACCUUACCUACCACAAGUAUUGUAAAGCAUACAAACCAGAAUGAAGAUCCUUCUGUUACAGAAGUUGCAACUGGUACUGUUCCUCCAGUAUCUAAUACUGGUGGUCCAGGGUCUCAGGGAUCGAAGACGUCACCGUUGUGUACCACAGGAAACAAUAAUUCCUUUGUAAUGCAUACAAAACAGGAGGAAGACCCUCCUGUAACAGAGGAAGGCAAUGUUGAGGUUGAAAUAAGGGAGACUAUUGACCUUCCAGAACACCCAGAUGAACAAGAAAAUACAGGAAUGGAUGUUAUUUUAAAUUUUGAUUAAUACCAGUAUUUGGGCCAUAAUACACAAAUCUGGGUGUAUACCUCUUUUAAUACAUUGUACAAGAGACUGUUUAUAUACUACAGUCUCAUUUUCUCUCUCUCUCAUUAUUUUGUACCGCAAUCGGGGGCUCAUGCACAUACAUAUGUACGUAUUUAUAUUACAUCCGAUAUAAGUCGAUAUCUCUCUGUUUUUUUUUUUACUUUAUAUACAUAUUUAUACUGUUGGUAUAUUACACUAUCUGCUUGAUUAUUGAAUAAAAUGUGCUACUU